UAAAAAAAAGUAAAACUUCAAUUCUUAAGUAAAAAUAAUUAAUUUUCCCAGUAAUCGGAAGUGAUUUCGUGUGAUCUUGGGUUUCCUCUCUGCUCUGUUUUUCUUUCUCUCUUUAUUCUCUCUCCUCUCUCUCUCUCUCUCUUCUUCACUGUUUAACUCUGCAAAAAAAUCACCAUUUCCAGAAAAACUUCUUCUUUCUCUUCUUAACAUCAAACUUUUUCCUUUAGAAAAACAUAUUAUAUUAUAAACUUAACCCAGUUAAAAAUUUCUUUUAUUUUUCUUGAAAUUUGGAGCACAAACACAAAACAGAGAGAGAGGAGAGAGAAAGUGUGAAAGAUUGGUGCUUUAAUAUUUGGUGGGUAAUUGAAGAUGAAGGAGAAAAUAAUCAGAAAUGAUGAAUUUUGUUUUGUUUGAUCAUUGAAAGGUCAAUUUCUUUUUAAAAAAAGGAGCAAACUUUAACUUAAAAACUAAACUAAAGAACCAAAAAGAGCUCAACUUUUUUGAUUUUUUUUUUCUACUCUUUUCUUCCCCAUAAUUUCCCAGAUAAAAAGUUUUAAUCUUUUUGAAAACCAAAAAACUGUGGAAGCUCACGCUUUGAUACGCGUGCUAAGAUGGAUGAAAAUUUAGAGGGCCCUCAAAAAAUUUUGUCAUGAACAAAGAAAAAAAAAUUAAAAAAAUAAUAAUAAUUGUAAUUUUUGCCCUUUUUCUCUCCCUUUCAAUCAGAUGAAAUUAUUGUGAGUUUGGCCCACCAAAGAUUUAGAGUCCCUUUCUUUUUGUUCAGAGGUUUUGUUCCUUCAUUUUGGAUUGUUUUUACACAUUCUUCUUUUGUUUCUUUCUUGUCCACUUCUCUGUUCUUCUUCUGCUCUUUGUAUUAUUUGAUUCUCUGCAAAAUGGAAUUCUUUUGUAAUUUAUGAACUCAUUAUUUCUGAUCAGAGGGUGAAAUAUCAUAUUUUUUGGGGAAAUGGGUACUUCAUAUUUUGCAUUAUUUUGGUGGGAAAAACAUUAGAAAAUGAGGGUUUUUGGUGUAGUUUUGUUUCUGGGUUUGUAAUAUAAUAUUAUGGUGUUUUUUUGAGUUUGCUGGGUUGAAGAGAAAGAAAGAGAGAGAAAGAGGGAUUUAAUGGGUUCUGUAGAAGAGAAGAUAAAAUCAAGUGGUGGGCCACCACCUUCAAGUUUGCUUGAAGAAAUGAAGUUAUUGAAGGAAAUGCAGGACCAUUCUGGGGCCCGGAAGCCUUUAAGCUCAGAGCUGUGGCAUGCCUGUGCUGGUCCUCUUGUUUCAUUGCCUCAAGUGGGAAGUCUUGUUUAUUACUUCCCACAAGGCCAUAUUGAGCAGGUAGCGAUAUCCACAAAGCGUCCAGCAACUUCUCAGAUACCCAACUAUCCAAAUCUUCCGUCUCAAUUGAUGUGCCAAGUUCACAAUGUUACACUUCAUGCGGACAAGGAUACAGACGAGAUAUUUGCUCAAAUGAGUCUUCAGCCCAUCAAAACUGACAAAGAUGUUUUCCCUAUACCUGAUUUUGGACUGAAGGCCAGCAAGCAUCCAACUGAAUUCUUUUGCAAAACUUUGACUGCAAGUGAUACAAGUACUCAUGGAGGUUUUUCCGUGCCCCGCCGAGCAGCAGAAAAGCUGUUUCCACCUUUGGAUUAUACAAUGCAACCCCCAUUCCAAGAGCUUGUUGUCAAAGACUUGCAUGAUAAUACAUGGACAUUUCGCCAUAUCUACCGUGGCCAGCCGAAGAGACACCUUCUAACUACUGGGUGGAGUGUAUUUGUUGGCUCUAAGAGACUUCGGGCUGGGGAUGCAGUUCUGUUUAUCCGAGAUGAGAAGGGUCAGUUGAUGAUUGGUGUGAGGCGUGCAAAUCGCCAGACAACAACUCUGCCGUCAUCUGUUCUAUCUGCUGACAGCAUGCACAUCGGUGUUCUUGCUGCAGCUGCUCAUGCUGCUGCUAACAAAACGCCGUUUACAAUUUUCUACAAUCCUAGGGCAUGUCCUACUGAAUUUGUAAUUCCUGCAAACAAAUAUCGGAAGGCGGUAUAUGGAACACAAGUUUCUGCAGGGAUGAGGUUCGGUAUGAUGUUUGAGACAGAAGAGUCUGGUAAAAGAAGAUAUAUGGGGACACUUGUUGGCAUAAGUGACUUGGAUCCGCUGAGAUGGCCUGGGUCAAAAUGGCGCAACUUGCAGGUUGAGUGGGAUGAACCAGGGUGUGGCGAUAAGCAGAAUAGAGUGAGUGCAUGGGAAAUUGAAACUCCUGAAAGUCUUUUCCUAUUUCCUUCUCUGACUUCAGGCUUUAAACGGCCCUUUCAUCCUGGAUUUUUUGGAGGAGAACUUGAGUGGGGGAAUUCGAUGAAAAGGCCUUUCAUUCAGAUCCCAGAUAUGGGUGCUGCAAAUCUCUCAUAUGCGUCACUUCCAAAUGUUUGGUCGGAGCAGUUGGUUAAGGCAAUGAUGCGGCCAGAGAAUAUGAGCUAUCCUUCCAUGCUAGCCUCAUGUUCACCAUCACCUAUGCUACAGGAAACAAAGGCAAGGAUUGAUACAGCAAUGCUACAGAAACCUCAGAUAGCUUCUUCUCAGACCGUUCCUGUUCAAAAUUAUCCUUUGCAGCAGUUCAAUCAACGGGAAUUGGGAGAUAUGUCGGGGAUAGAACAACCAAGCAAGACAAACCAGCCUACAAAUGAUGCUGAUAAAACCAAGUUGGAACCUCUGUGUGAACCUAGUCAGCUAAGCCAGCUUCCUUCUACUGGGCAUUGCAAUGAGGAAAGACAGACGAGCAAUCCUUCUAAUCCCCCAUCCCAAAAUAACUUUGAGAUAAAAGAUAACAGUCACAAACUAAUGCAACCGCCAGCUAUGUCAUCUGUAUUUCAGUCUCAGUUGACUGAUAUCCCUCCAACUGAUCUUUCCAGUCUAAAUGGUUUAUUUCCAUACCUGGAUGCUCCUGAUUGGCUGCCAUACCCAUCAGCAACAAUUCCAGAAGUCAUUGAUCCUUCAUUGUCUUCGAUUGGUCAGGAUUUGUGGGAUCAAAAUCAGAACCUGAGGUAUCCAGCUCAAUCAGAUCAAUUUGGUUCAUAUUCUCAGUUGUCAGAUGAAACCAAUAAUCAGAGUGGGAUAUAUAGCUGCAUUGACUUAGAUGUAGGUAACGGUGGAAAUGCGAUGGUUGAUGCAUCCAUCUCAAAUGCUGUUUUGAAUAAAUUGUGUCCAUCUAAAGAGUCGAGUUUGCAGUAUUCUUCAGAUUGUUUAGUGGGCAACUUUAGUUCGAGCCAGGAUCUUCAGUCUCAAAUUACAUCAGCAAGCCUAGCUGAUUCUCAGGCUUUUUUACAAGACUUUCCUGAUAAUAAUAAUUCAGGUGGGACGUCUUCAAGCAAUAUGGAUUUUGAUGAGACUAAUCUUUUGCAAAACAAUUCAUGGCAGCAAGUAGUGCCUCCCAUGCGUACAUAUACAAAGGUUCAAAAGACAGGAUCAGUUGGGCGAUCUAUUGAUGUGACGAGUUUUAAGGACUAUGAAGAACUGCGCUCCGCUAUUGAACGCAUGUUUGGACUAGAAGGUCUGCUCAAUGAUCCAAGAGGAUCAGGAUGGAAGUUAGUUUAUGUUGAUUUUGAGAAUGAUGUGCUGUUGGUUGGCGAUGAUCCUUGGGAGGAGUUUGUUGGUUGUGUUCGAUGCAUCCGUAUAUUAUCACCUGCAGAAGUUCAGCAGAUGAGCGAAGAAGGAAUGCAGCUUCUCAACACCAAUGCAAUUCCUGGGAUCACCGGUACCACUUAGACGUGUCAGUUGCUUUUAGGUAACCUAUGCUGCACCUGAGAGUCCCACGAGAGAACAAAGCUUAAAUUAUUUAUCCCCGAAAGGGCUGGUAGCCUCAAAUGAGCCCAAAUUGAAGGAUUCUUGCUGAUUGUCUUGGCUAUGACAGUGUACAUUGUCAGAAUUUGCUAGAGCUUAGGUAGAUCAACGUUAGAAUUUAGAAAUUUGUUGUGCUGACCUUGUUGUGACAUUUAGGUCUCAGAGAGUUGUGAUUUAAAUGUAAUGCAAUGUAAUGAACCUUGAAAUUUGAAUGUAUCAUGUAUGGAUUAUGUAACAUUUGAUAUGGCUUCCAACAAAGAGCAGAAAUUGUUCCAACAUCAA